AUGGCGGUAGCAGCGGAUGGUUCUUCGAAUAGCGUCGUGCAACUGGUGUGUACGCAGCGGGGCUGGAAAACGUACCGUGUGCGUGGGCAGAUGUUUGAAGUGGAGGACAGAUAUACAUUGACUUCGAUCGCGGGGUAUGGAGCAUACGGGGUCGUAUGCGCCGCGUUUGACAGUGUGGACUUUCGAGAUGUGGCGAUCAAACGUGUCAAUCAUCUCUUUGAAGAUCUGGUAGAUGGCCGUCGCAUCUGGCGGGAAAUAUGCAUACAACGCAUUCUUAGAGAAAGUUGUUGUCGCAACAUCUUGAAUCUUACAAGAAUUGCGCCACCCAGGGAAGGUGUAAAGGAUUUUCGUGAUUUGUACAUAGUAACUGACCUUUACGAUACCGAUCUCCACACGGUUAUUUACCGUGUUAAAAAUAGAUCUGUGGAAGCGUUGCAGCGAAUUAUGGUACGUGUUCUUCGUUGUUUGGCUGACAUGCAUACCUUGGGGAUCAUUCAUCGUGAUCUUAAACCGAGUAAUAUUUUAUUAGGGGAUGAACCGGAUAGCGACAAUGCAGUAGUGUGUGACUUUGGGCUUGCACGGGCAGGCCUGUCACAUUUGAAGGAGCCGUUGGAUCUCACGGAUUACGUCGUUACCCGUUGGUACCGUCCUCCAGAGCUCUUGCUGAUGUGCCGGUAUAGUUUUCCUAUCGACAUGUGGGCCUUUGGGUGUAUCAUCGCAGAGUAUGUGAUUGGGCGCCCACUAUUUGGGGGUCGUGACUAUGUCCAUCAGAUGCAGCUGGUGCUUUCCAGUAUUCCAGUGACAGGCACGGAGUUCAUUGAAAACUCCAGCGGAAGCGCCAUGAACUUCAUGAACGAGAUUGCGAAAAAGUACAAGGAUACGAGGCCGCUCGUAGGGCUCUUGGAAGGCCUGUCGUCUGAUGGAGUGGAGUUGGUAACGAAACUUCUUGCGUUUGAGCCAAAGAAGCGGUUGACGGCGCAGCAGGCUCUGCAGCACCCUUUUUUUGCCCGUGUUGGGGGCCGGGGAAAGUCGGAGUGCACCCGUCCUACAAAAGCCGACUUCUCCUUUGACUUGCAUGCAGAGAUAUCGGAGGCACAGCUGCGACGAGCCAUAUGGGAGGAGAUGACCCAAUACCAAAAGAAGGGAGUAAAGGGGGAAAAGGAGAAGAGACAGUCAAAAGAAGAAUAA